AUGGAGCUGGACUCGGACCUGCUUCCGGAUGCUUGGAAGGAUGACGUGGCCGGCAUACCUGCAUCUUCGAGGCCUUCCCCUGGUCUGAAGAAGCAGAAGGUGAUGAUCAUUCUGACGUGUGUCAUCUGUGGCCGCAAGUCCCAGGACACUCCAUGGGGCUUGUACGACGAGCAAGGAAAACCCGUUGGGAUUCUUUGCAGACGGGACAAAAAGAUCAUCGUCCGCAUCUAUCCUGGGGAAGACGUGGCCAAGGUGUGUGACAAGCUGGAACAGGAUCCGGCAGUCAAGCAGAUCGUCCAGAAUGCCAUUAAAGUUGUGGAAGAAGAGACUCAGAUCCAGCUGAAUCCUCCGAGCCUUGUUCAACGCAGUCAGCAGCAGGGGUAUCAAGUGUACUACAAACUAGCCUUUUUGGAUCAGGAUGAAAUGACAAGUCUCUGCAAAGACAUGACCCCUUCCGCAUGCGGCUACAAGCCCGUGGAGCUCAAAGUUGAAAACGGCGGGACUCAGCUCGGGUACUUGAUGAGCCCAGUGGGCAUGCCGGAGCAGCUGUGGAGGUCAUGCCGGAGGGUCAAAGUCAUCGGCUCCAAGAUUCUAGAGCACAACGAGCUGUUUCUGCAACCGGAAAACCAGCUUGCUCAGAUACAAGGCACAAACACAUGGAAGUGGAUCACAAAGACAGAGCUGGAGAAGCGCGAAGCAGCUUUGAAGAGCAAGUCCGGCGGUCUCAGGUACACUGAUGUCGUGCAGAAAGCCCUGGAGGUGAAAGAACACAGGAAAGAGGAGCUGGGUGCGGGCAAGGCCAACGAUGAAGCCGCAGGACAUGCAGUGGUCGAGAGCGAGUCCGAGGAGGACGAAGCUGCGAAGCAGCUGAAGCAGCUGCAUGCGGAUGCACAAGCGUCGGGCUCAUUGGAGAUGAACCUUGGGACGCUUGAGGAGGAAGACAAGAAAAAACCGAAAGGAAGGGGAGCCAAAGCCAAAGCUGGCUCGAAAGCCCGCAAGGAGUCCCCAAGCCGACUCAGCCGAGGUGGCCGGUCCAGCACGACUGGGAAGGACAAGGAGAAGGAGCUUCAGUUGGACGAUGCGAACUUGAGCAAGCUGGCCGGCAACCUUGCUCGCAUCGCGCAGCGCAUCAACAAGAUUCCUGAGUGCUUCUUGAAAUUGAACCCGGAGUGCUUCACCGUCGCCAACGGCCGUUCGGUGGACGCGGCGACAAAAACCAACAUCUCCUUGCGACCUUACGUGGUCGCAGCCGAAGCAGCCACCCUCUUGUCCGUCAAGGAUGGCCUAGACAAGGUCAAAAGGAUGACCAAAGCCAACAGGCUCAUGCACUUGGAGGCAAUCAAGGCUGUCAGCUGGGACGUGCCGGUGCAAGUGCAGUGUGCUCACACCGUGGCCGAGGUUGAAGCAGCUUUCGAGGACUUGUUGCAGAGCUGUGCCGCCUCCAGCUCCAACUCCAAGGAGUCCAAGGAGGCCAAGGUUGAGAGGAUCAUCGCAAAGAUUGCCCUCACUCCCAAUUCGGCGGCCACCUUCGAUUGGAAUGAGCCCACAUUCGACGGCUUGCUGACCGGCUUCCAGGCACUUCUGGAGAGAAGCAAGCUUUUCGGUGACGGGAACACGGACGUGGAUGACGAGGCAGCUUCCAUGGAGGCACGGCAAUGUUUCGAGUGUCUAGUGAGUCGACUGCACUUAGUGACUUAG